UCUCAUUCCCUUAAACCAUUCCUAAAUUUCUCUCUUUUUCAAUCUCUCUUUCUCUAGAUACAUGCUCCAUAUAUAGAUAGAUCUAAACAAGAUUCAUAAGUUGUUUCUUGAAAAGUUUUGAUCCUUUUGUGCUCAAAAAAUAGUUAAAUAUUUUUCAAAAGUAAUAAAUAUUAGGAUGGAGAGUUAUGCUAGGCUUCAAAAGGAAGAUGAUCAAUUGAUUUUGCCUCCCGGAUUUCGAUUUCAUCCAAGCGAUGAAGAAUUGAUCACUCAUUAUUUGAUCAAGAAAGUCCUAGACAACAACUUCUCUGCUAAAGCAAUUGGAGAAGUUGACAUGAAUAGAAUUGAGCCAUGGGAAUUGCCUGGGUUGGCUAAAAUGGGCGAAAAAGAAUGGUAUUUUUUCAGUGUGAGAGAUAAGAAGUAUCCAACUGGAUUAAGGACAAAUAGAGCAACCGAGGCAGGGUAUUGGAAAGCAACCGGAAAAGAUAAAGAGAUUUUUCGUGGUAAAACGCUUGUUGGAAUGAAGAAAACUUUGGUUUUCUAUAAAGGGAGAGCUCCAAAAGGGGAAAAAACAAAUUGGGUAAUUCAUGAAUUUAGAUUAGAAGGGAGAUCUUCUGUUCAAAUAGCAACCAAAUCCGCAAAGAAUGAGUGGGUGAUCAGCCGUGUCUUUCACAAAAACUCCGGUGAAAAGAAACCAAAUUCCAUUGGAAACGGGUUGCCGUCAUUGACAGAAUCUUCAACAUCAUCCGGUGGUGGUAGCGGUGUAAUAAAAUCGGAUUCAUCGCACUUGCCCUGCUUCUCCAGCCCAAUCAACUUCAAAGCAUCUCAAAAUAGUUUUCUCCACAAUUCUACCAGCCCAUAUGAUCCUAAUACCAAUGUUGAUUAUGGUUUUCGGGCCAACCAAUCAAUUCCAUCUAUACAAGAUGAUCCCCAACUCCGGUUCCCUUCGGGCUACAUUUUCCCUGUCCCGGGCCAAUCAUAUUUCAAGAAUUUACCCGGAAACAAUGUCUUUCAAAUGGAAAAAGAUAUCACCACAGGCUCUCAAGAAACCGUAUUAAGUAGUGAAAUGAACACAGAGAUUUCAUCCGUUAUGUCGAAUUUCGAAAUGGGAAAGAAAGGAUAUGGUGAUCAAGAAGCUCCAUCUACUUCUGUUGGGCAAAUUGACUUGGACUGCUUUUGGAGUUAUUAAAUAAUAAUUAAGAAACUGAAGACCAGUUGGUUGAUUACAAUGAAAGUGGAAAAAAGAUAUAUUUUGUGUGUUUAAUGCAUAGAAUUUUCUGAUGCUUGAGAAAAAUAUUUUCAAGUGAUGAAGAAACUAUCAUGAUGUAACAGAUUGAUUUGUUAAUGAUAUGAUUGGUAUAUUUAGAUUUGUUAAUAAAUAAAAUUAUUAGUGGGAGUUUA